CCCCCUCCCCACUCCCUGCGGGGGCGGGGGGAACCGCGGACCCCCCCGCUCUCCCCCGCCCCCGCGGGGACCGGCUCCCCCUGCCCGCCCCCGGCCCAGAGCCCUGCGGGGAGGCGGCGGGAUGGAGCGGGCGGCGGGCGAGGGCCGGCCCCUGCUGCCGGCGGCGGCGCCCAGCGCCGGGCUCUCCUCCGCCGGAGCCGUCUUCAUCAUGCUGAAGUCUGCGCUGGGCGCGGGGCUGCUGAGCUUCCCCUGGGCCUUCAGCAGGGCCGGCGGCGCCGCCCCCGCCCUCCUGGUGGAGCUGGGCUCGCUGGUCUUCCUGGUGAGCGGGCUGGCAGUGCUGGGCUACGCAGCGGCCCUCAGUGCCCAGCCCACCUACCAGGGGGUUGUCCGGGCGGUGUGCGGGGCAGCAGUGGGGAAGCUCUGUGAGGUCUGCUUCUUCCUCAACCUCUUCAUGAUAUCUGUGGCCCUUCUCAGGGUGGUGGGCGACCAGCUGGAGAAAUUGUGCGACUCCCUGUACCCCAACGGGACACUAAGUGGGGCCCCUCUGCCACUCCCCUGGUAUGUGGACCAGCGCUUCACCCUCUCGGCUCUCUGCAUCCUCAUCAUCUUCCCGCUCUCCGUCCCCAGGGAGAUUGGCUUCCAGAAGUACUCCAGCAUCCUGGGCACACUGGCCGCCUGCUACCUCACUCUGGUCAUCAUCCUGAAGUACUACCUGCAGGCAGAGAGUCUGGGCUCACCCGAGAGCCCUCAGCCCUCCAGGGCCUUCUCCUGGGCCUCCAUCUUCAGUGUCAUCCCCACCAUCUGCUUCGGCUUCCAGUGCCACGAGGCCUGCGUGGCCAUCUACAGCAGCAUGAGCAACCAGAGCUUCUCCCACUGGGUCACCGUCUCCGUGCUCUCCAUGCUUGUCUGCCUGCUCAUCUACUCCCUCACCGGGCUUUACGGCUACCUCACCUUCGGCGAGGCUGUGGCAUCUGAUGUCCUGAUGUCCUACCCAGGGAAUGACCCAGUUGUCAUUGUCGCCCGCCUGCUCUUCGGUGUCUCCAUUGUCACCAUCUACCCCAUCGUGGUGCUGUUGGGCAGGUCAGUGGUGAGGGACGUGUGGGCGACCCCUAAGCGUGGGGCUGCGGUGGUGCCCGAGGUGCACGAGCAGCGGAACCGGGUGCUGCUGACAGUCGCCUGGAUGGCUGCCACGCUCGCCAUCGCCCUGUUCGUCCCGGACAUCGGCAAGGUCAUUGAGCUCAUUGGGGGCAUCAGCGCCUUCUUCAUCUUCAUCUUCCCAGGGCUGUGCCUGGUGUGCAUGACCGGGACCUGCACCCUUGGGCCACGCAAAAAGGCUGCUCUCAUCACCUGGGGCAUCCUCUCUGUGCUUGGCGGCGCCUUUGUCUGUGGGCAGAGUGCUGCCCUGGCCGUGCUGGGGUUGCUGCACUGAGGGACCAUGGACUCCGGCGUGCCUCCCCACCCCCAGCCCCAUCACCCAGACAGCCACCCCAGACACGGCUACACCACUGGAUCCCAUCGCGAUUUUAUUUGGCAUCACCAUCCCUGUUUAAGAGCAGCUAAUAAAGAUGGGACAGGGUAUCAGUAAGGGCCCUGCGCCACGCCCCGAGGGACCCCUGGGCUUGGCAGGAUGGGGACAGGACGGGCAGCGAGUGCUGCACACAGACAGACAAGACAGAUGUACAGGCCCCGGGGGGGGGGAGGGGGCGGGGCGGACAGCCACCCCCCAUGCCUGCAAGGCACCCGCUGCCACAUAUGAAGGAAACCCUUUGGGACUGCCAGCACCCCACAGGACUAAGAGGCACCCCAGGAGGAGGGAUACCCCCCCUUCACCACCACCUUGAACCCCCCCCAGGGACACGAGUCCCCACCCCUGCAGGUGCACACACACUACACCGGGCACAGCCUCACCUUCCUCCCACCCCGCCCAGCUCCCUCCCCAGUUGGCCCUGGGGACUGGCAGGGACCCCCAGCUUGCCCCCACCAGGGGGCUCCAGCCUCCCACUCCCACCCCUCAUUACUGGUUCCCUACCCUGGCUAGCCCUCUCCCCAUUUCCCGGCUGCCUGUACCCUGCCUCCCCAUUUGCCUGCCUGCGGGAUGCCCCCACCCACCCAGUCCUGCCAGCCCCUCCCUGGCAGACCCCACUC